GUUUCUUCGUUUGGGUACGGCAUGUUCUUUCCCGUUUCCAUCGUCAGGAAUUGGUUCAGUCGUGCGAAAUUUCGAACGCGGCUCUUUCUCUCUGCAACUAUAAAACUCUCUCUCUCUCUCUCUACAUAAACCAGAGAUUCUUUGGAUUGCCUUUUGUCCUCAGUUUCUGCAACUCUUUUCUCCACGAUAUCAGGUAUACCCAGAUUCUCUCUUUGCUUUGUUGAUGAUCAUUGAUUCUGUUUUGAUUUCAUUUUGUCUUCCUAUUCCAUUAUCCACUUAUAAUUCACAUUAAUCUGGUUGUUCUUUAAAUUCUUGAACUUUGGUUUGCUCUUUCUUGUUACUAUUGUUAAGUACUUCCAAUUUUCAUUUCUUGUUUGUGCUAUUGAUUGAUUUAUGCAUCUUGUUUCACUUUUAGAUACCCUUUUGUUAAUUCUUUAUAGUGUUUAUGCCCUUUUCUUCACUUCCUUUCGAUCUUCUUAAAGCUCGCGGAUUCUUGCCCGUUUAUUUCUGUUUGGUUGGUGGGAAAACUUAAGAUAGAAGAUUUCAAACGUAUUCCUUGUUUUCUGAACUUUAAUAAAUAAGUACAAAUAUAAUAUAAAUAGAAAUUCCAGCAGUUUUAGUGAAGACCAAAAACUCCAAAAUCCUAAUGGAUGAAAUUGGUGAGAUGACUCUUGGUUGUGUUAUUGUCUUUUCAAACCCUUUGAAGGGACUUCUAUAUCUUUAAAUUGAAUGCUAUAGAAGUUCUGGUUACUCUGUUGAUUCAUAGUAAUUUCUAUGCUGAAACAGUAUCACAUGGUCUUUGCUUCAUCUUCUGCAGGAAUUAUAACUGAUUAUUCAUCAGCUGCUUGAUCAGUCUGCAUUUUAUUUUUUUGAGAAAAUGUUUGGUUUGAGAAAAACUCACUUGAAGACUGGCAAACACACCAAGGUUGACACCGAAUGUCCUGAUCCUCCCCGUUCUAACCCUUUUGAUUCUGAUGACAAGUUGGACAAUAAGCAAAACGUUAAAACUUCAAGGAAAACUUCUUCAGAACCCAGUAUGAUUACACCAAAUAUUAGUACCAGUCCUUUUGAUGAUGAUGAGGAAAGGGGAACAUCUUCUUCAUCUUUGUAUUCUCUCAGUUCAGCUGCAAAAUACAAGUACAAGAAUGAUUUCCGUGACUCAGGAGGACUAGAGAACCAAUCAGCACAAGAAUUGGAGAAUUAUGCUGUAUACAAGGCUGAAGAGAAUACAAAGGCUGUCAAUGGCUGCCUGAAGAUUGCAGAGGAAAUCAGAGAGGAUGCUGCCAAAACGUUGAUCACUUUGCAUCAGCAGGGGGAGCAAAUUAUCAGGACUCAUAAUGUUGCAGUUGAGAUGGAUCAUGAUCUCAGUCGGGGAGAGAAGCUUCUAGGGAGUCUUGGGGGCAUUUUCUCUAGAACUUGGAAGCCAAAGAAGACUCGUCCUAUUACAGGCCCUAUCAUCACAAGAGAUGAUUUUCCCAAAACCAGAGGUAGCGACCUGGAGCAGAGGGAGAAGUUGGGAUUGAAUUCUGCACCCAAGGAACGGUCAAACACUCGAAAACCAUUGCCUGAACCUACCAAUGCAUUCCAGAAAGUUGAGAUGGAAAAAGAAAAGCAAGAUGAUGCACUUUCAGAUUUGAGUAAUCUAUUGGGAGAGCUGAAGGAUAUGGCUGUUGACAUGGGGACUGAAAUUGAGAGGCAAACCAAAGCUCUGGAUCAUUUCGAGGAUGAUGCGGAUGAACUAAAUUUCCGUGUUAGAGGCGCAAAUCAACGUGGCCGUCGUUUGCUGGGAAAGUAGAGUGCAGGUUGAAUGGAAAGAACAUAGACCUGGUACAGGAUCUUCUUUGAUUUUCCAUGAAAUAAGACUUUAUCAAGAGUGGUGCUUCCAAAGAGCUUGAAGUUGUAGCGCUCGAUAUCAUAAUACAGAUUCAUUGUAGAUAACAGUGUGAUCAUAAAAAACUGGCUCAUCUCCAUAAACUAUGAUAUGUGGAGGAAUCAAUAAAAAAACAUCAAUUCAAAUGCGAUAUCUAAUUGUUACUGUUGGUAUGUAAAAUACAAUUGAUUGGACUCUCGAAUUUGGAGUAUCUUACUUUCAUAGGCUUAAACAAGCAAUCCAUAUUUCACCAUAAAGGGCACACGUACAUCUCCAUGCAUGGAGAAAAGGUUUCUUCGUUUGGGCAUAUAUACUUACUUGGUUCAGUCCUUUACGCGAUCUCCUCCGUCUCUAACACUAUAAAUUCUCUCUCUCACUCCCCCUCAAAAAAUAUCUCACUUUCUCUUUUCUUUACAAUAUCAGGUAAUACCCAGAUUCUCUUUUCGCUUUGUUCAUACUGUUUUCGAAAUUUAUCCUGCUAUUUCAAAUGUCCUGUAUCAUAUUUUUGCAGGAAUUUUAACUGAUUAUCCACAACCUGCCCGAUUAUUCUCAUUUCAUUUGUUUUGAUAGAAUGGUUGAUUUGGAGAAAUCUCCCUUGAAGGUUGGCCAGGCUGACGAUGAAUAUCUUGAUCCUCCUCGUGAAGGUCCGUCCAAAGCAAAAGAAGAAGAAGAAGAAGAAGACGAAGAAGAAACAGAAGGAGACGAAGACGAAGACGAAGAAGAAACAGAAGAAGACGAAGACGAAGAAGAAACAGAAGAAGAAGAAGACGAAGGCGAGGAAGAAGAAGAAGAAGCAGCAGCAGCAGAAGAGGGAAAACCAAUGCCUGGCUGGUUCUCCCAGCUGGUUGCUGCUGCAACCUAUGCAAAGUUGAUUAUUAUUAAAUUAGCAAGGCGCACUAAGGCGCUGUUUGGAUGAUAUUUUCCCAUGAUUUCAUAAUGUAUGGUUUGUAUCUAUUGUAUAGUUCUACAGUAUAUUGUGCUAUAUAAUGUUUGAAAAUA